AUGUCUGACGAAACCGGGCCUCCCCACCACCCUCCCCGGGCCCACGGGCCCAACCAACACCCCUAUACCUAUACCCGUCUAACCGCCCUCGAAAUCGACGGGCCCGACGACCCUCUCCCGGGCCAUCGUGACUGCGCCCUCGUGGCCGCCUUCGCCACCAUCUCUCUCGCCCUCAUCCUCGCUGCCUCCCUCCUCCCGUCCCUCGGGCCAGAAGGGCCCGGCCCAUGGGCCGGGGCCCGUUUCGCCCUCCAAUCCCUCAUGAUCACCGAGUUUCGGGCCUCGUCGGCCCGCAUCUCGGGAAGGUGCCACUUGGCCCUCGACGUCACUAACCCGGGCCGGAGGAUGAGAUUGUACCACGAGAAUGCGGUCGUCAUGGUUUUCCUCGACCACGAGCUUCUCUGGGUGGCCCGGAGCUCGGGCUUCGUCCUCGGGCCUGGUGAGAGGCUCGUGUUUAACGUGAGCACGGGUGGCGCGGACGAGAGUUUGCCAGUGUCAGACGCGUUCGUCCCGACAGCACUUGUCGAGGGCCGAGAGCUCGGUCGGAAGCUGAGGUUCAAGGUGAAGUACGACGGGAUGGUGCGUGAGGGGCUCAACACGUGGCGCGAGGAGAGGGCCCACGUGUACAUGGUGUGUGGGUGGGUCGAGAUGGGGUUCGUGAGCGAAAGUGUCGUUCGCGGGGGGCCCGCAAACUGCGCGUUAGAGAACUUUUGA